UGUGCCAUUUACUCAAGUAAUAAUGUCUGAACACUUCUUGUUUUCAAGUCUUUUCAAUUUUUUACAAACAUCUUUGUGAGAAAAGCCCUUUUCUUCAAGGUUUUUGCAGCAUGUUCGUAUUUCUAACUUGUUUUGACAGGAAAUUUUAUUAUACACAUAUAUAUAUUUAUUAAUUUAUUUUGGAAUGAUAUUCAUGAUAUUCUAGAAAGAUGGUGGUUUACCAUGGUAACAGCCCAAGAAAUAGAGCCUCAGAAUAGUAAUUCUCAUUUCAUAGUCACAUGUCCCAUGCACCCUUUGGUCGUGACCUCUCUCGCUACAGGAUGUCCAUACAAGCGUUUGAUCCUCCUUCAAUCUGCAUCAACAGUAUCUGUAUGGAAAGGUGUGAAGUGGUCAGUCGCAUUCAAGUCAACAGGACUAUGGACCUGAGCCUGCGAGAUGCUCUGGGUGGGGGUGGAGGUGGGGUCCCGGGUGGGGCCCCUGCUGAGGCCCUGCUGAAGAGAGACUUUGUCGCCUCGCUGGAGAAAGAGAGCUAUGAUGACAAGGUGGGAGAGACGGUCUCCAAGAGCGACUACCGACCCCUGCUGGAUGGAAAGGACACCAAAAGCGGUCCAGGGAUGAUGUCGUCAAUGAUGUCAUCAGCGGGACGCCAAGACCCACCAGGACAGCCUGCCUUCAGCUCUGACUACCUGUCUGGUCCUAUGAUGGGUGGGAUGACAGAUCAGUGGCGCCUGAUUAAGACAAAGGACAGCUCAUUUCUAGGCUUCGCUCAGUCUGGAAUGGGAGGGACCAUGGGGUCCGGCCUGCCACCGUUCCAGACCAGUAUGAGCACCACUCUCGGCCAGACUGGGGUGGGGUCAGCUAUGGAUACUCAGAAGACUUCAGGCUUGUUUGGUAUGGAAAGCAAAACUACCAGCAAUACCAGUGGAAGCAGCCCAUUUAAGAACAACAGUGAUCAGAUUUCUUCUGGUGGUCCGGGAACCCACUCUGUGGAUCAUUCUACAGCUCCCAUCCUAUCUCCCAGUGGUUCAGUGGAUGACAGCAGUCCCACUUCCUCCAACUCAGAACCCCUCAGCCCUGAGAGAGUGGGGCUGGGAGGCGAAGCUGGCAAGCAACAGCAGAGACGGAAGAAGAAGAAGAGGAAGAGCCAUGACGAGGUCUACGACUUCUUGAAUAGCCAAGAGAAUAACAUCGGCCAAUCAGACAAGUAUGGACUGCUGGAUAAGAGCAGACGAGAGGUGGAGGAGGACGAGGACGAAGAUGAGAACUGGGAGUGGGAGAUCAGAGAGAGUGGAGGAGGGGGUAGAGUGAAAGGCAAGAAGACUAAGACCCGUGCAAGACUUCCUGAGGAGUGGGGAGCACCCCAACAGCCUAUCUCACCUACGGCGGGAACAGUCGCACCUGCCGGGGAAGAUACUGCCAAAUCUGGUCCUUCCGACUCCAGAGGUCCAAACUUAAGCCCUGGCCCUGUUUUGCCCUCUGUCCCUGCACAAAUAUCCACAAAUUUCACAAAUCGUUCCCUUGUAACAGAUUCAUCUUCACGCUCCUACGAGCCAAUGUGUGUAGAUUAUUUCCCUACGCCUGAUAAAGUUUGUCAGAAAGAAAAUGAAGAGAAAGUUUCAACCAGCAAACCUGAACUUAGCAGUUGUGCACCAACCAGCAAGAGUAAUGUAGCUGGAGGUGUGAGCAAUAGUCUAUCAUUGAUGACAGGAGACAAUCUGAGCCCAGUGUCCCAGACCUUCUCUUUCCUGGAUUCAGUCCUGCAGACCCCUCCAGGCUCCACUCCGGAUUCACAGACCACCACCCCUAUCACCAAUACCCCCUCCCUUGUUACUGCUGCCCUGACAAAGUCCAGCCCAACAGAAACCACUUUUCCUGUUUCACAAGUUAGUUCUGUUUUGAAUCCCACCAAGAACACUCCAGACCUUUUUCCUGCUUUGUCCACCAACCCAUCUCCCUUAACAAUCACUCACCCUCCAACAGUUGGAUCAGCCCUCAGCAUCGAUGCCAAGCCUUUAGUCCCCUCAACUACACUUCUGUCCUCCACAAAUACACCUAGUACAAUCGCAGCCACUCCUGCUGUUAGUACAGUAGCAGCAGCCUCCACAGGAACCGCUGUUGUGCCCACUACCACCUCAACUAUGGUCCUCAGCUCCUCAGCUUCUUCCUGUAAGAAUGAAGCCACUCCUGUAUCACCACGAGACACUCCUUCCCAAAAUAUAGCCACACCCAUUAGCCUAGCACCAGCCACUCCCCCCACCUCCAUCACUCCCACAGUCCAACCCUCUCUUCCUGCACACUCUGAGCACCAGGAGUCCUCGUCGUCAAAGCUCCCCCCACUGGAAGUGAAAUCUGACAACAAGGAAAAGCAGGAGAAGACAGACAUCAUGUCCAGCAAGACAGACAAGAUAGAAACCUUUGACAAGAAAGGGAAGGAAGAACAGCAGAAGCAGGACAAUGGCCCAGACAAGAACCAGAAGUCUGAGAAGAUUGUCAAAGAUGAAGAAAAGAUGAAGAAGAUGAACGCAGAGAAAAACAACAAGGCCAGUGAGAAAGCAGAGAAGAUGGACAAGCCAGAGAAGACCAACAAAGAUGAGAAGAAGGAAGAGGAGAAGAAACCAGCUGAGAAGAAGGAGGAGAAGGGAGGGAAAGGGAUAGCCAAGUCUCCAACAGGCAACGGCAGCAAGACUUUGCCAAGUCCUGACAGCAAGAGCAAGCCUGACGUGGGUUCAACAAAACCAAACUCAGCUAAAUCCCGCCCGUCUACCCUCUCCACCAAUGUUGAGGCCACCUCAGCCAAACGCCCAUCCCCCACCACAGCCUCAGCCAAUAAAAAAAGCCCUGUUCCCAAGGUGACCACACCUACUGCUGCCAAGCGGCCACCAACGGCAACUGGCUCCCCCAAUGUUGCCAAGACUCCAGAAAAUGCUACAGCUGAGAAACGCCCACCUGUGCCAAAGGCCACGCCCACACCCCGUACAGCUGCCAGUAAGAAUGGCUCCUCUGCUGCUGCUGCAAGUAAACCUGCUGCGAACAAGAAUGACAAGACUGAGAACAAGACAGGAGAGCCCAAGAAAGCCAAACCUACAGCCCGUCGCCCGGCCUCCACCACUACUCCUGCUACUCCAGCUGCCUCCACUAAUGGUGAAGCCACCUCUACUCAUCGCCGCCGGGUCAUCACCAAACCCCCCGUGCCCAAGCAGACCCCUGUGGAGAAAAAGCCACCGGUACCCCGUGCUCCGCGAACCCCUCGACCCAUCAAUGCUCCGACACCUGACCUUAAAAACGUUCGCUCUAAGAUUGGAUCCAUUGAUAAUAUCAAGUACCAGCCUGGUGGAGGAAAGGUCUCCUCCACCCAGAACAACAAGGCAUCAGACCCCUCCACCCCUGCCGCCAAGGCCAGAGUUCAGAUAGUGCACAAAAAGCUGGACUUCAGCCAUGUCACGUCUCGCUGUGGCUCCAAGGACAAUAUCAAACAUGUCCCUGGAGGUGGCAAUGUGCAGAUUCUCAAUAAGAAGGUUGAUGUAAGCAAAGUGACAUCCAAAUGUGGCUCCAAGGACAACAUCAAACACAAGCCAGGUGGAGGUGAUGUGAAGAUUGAGUCCCAUAAGCUAAACAUUAAAGCUAAGUCUAAGGUUGGAUCUAUGGACAACGUGGGACCAGGCAAUGGACAGACCAAUGGACACAAGGAGGAGAAAACAGAGGAGAAGACAUCUUCACCUCCAACAACAGGACCAGCAGCCGCUAAGGCGACAGCACCAGGAGGUGUUGCCAAGGAAAAUGGGGUGAAGGAGCCCACACCUUCUCCUUUUGGAGGAGACGGACUGAGGGAGCCCCUUAGCAUAGACAAACGCAUUGCUGAGACAAGUGGACUGAGUCCCAGUGACCGGUAGAUUUUGGUGGGACAUUCAUGGCGUUCGCCAACUCACCAAUCAACCAACCAACCAACCUACCACGGCGCAGUCACUUCCCUCUGGCCCCGUCCUUCAUCUUGCCCACCGCAGCACCGAACUGACCGAUCGCCUCUCAGUGUUUCUCUGGGGUCCGCCUGCCAGCUUCCUGCUAUCAACCCUGACCUUUGACCUCUCAAUGCCCUCGAGUUGACCUACCGCAGAGAGGAGCACUUGUUGUUUGUCUGUGUUUCUCCAUGUGGGGUUCCAUCCGCUUCUCAACUGAUAAAUUUCCCUUUUAAGCACCGAUUUAGAGGACUUCAACCUCAAACCCCAAAUGCAACAACCCCACUGCGAUAAAUCCACUAUAGUAGUCAGUGCUGUUUGGAAAUAUACUGAGCAUAGAUUCCUUCUUGGAAAAUUUACACUGUCCUUGGAUAGCACACACCCCUGCCUGAGAUCUCUACCACCUUGGGCUAAUCUGUGGUUCCUCUUGCAGACCUUCACAAUUUAAAUCCACUUUGAUCCUCCACCUUCUUUAGCACACCCGUGCUGGGACUGCUAUUUUCUCCACCUCCAUCCCCAGUUCGUGUUCACCUAGCUCCAGAUCACAGCCUGCUACUGGCCAGCAGUCAAAUCUGCUUUAAGUCAACGCAUUCCAGAUUUCCAACCUCUCAGCAUUUAUUUCAAAAUCUACAGUCUCUACAGCACUGCACAUUGUCUCAUUAUCGAUAAUUCUACAGCUCACUCAUCAAACAGUAUCUCCCAUUACGUCUCUUAGUAUCAAUGCACCAGUUUGUCUCCCCUAACUAUAUUACCAUAAGGCUUCUUUAUCUCUGGACUAUUAAUGUUGUGAUACUUGCAAUUAGCAGUGACCGGUGCAGAGGACAUGGGAUUAUGUACAGUAAAGGGGAAACUGUUGGAGAAGAUAGGAAAUAGAUCUGAAGAUAUCGAAUAAGUUCGAAAUAAGUGCAGGAAGUCAGUGCAGAAGCUUUUAUGAUGUCAGACAAUUCCUGUGCUGUGUUUAAAGAAAAGAUGCAGUCGUUGAAACUAGGAAAUUUAGAAGCCACAAUAAAGCAGGCAACUCUUACUACACUUAGAAACACUUAAUGAUGUUAGUGCAUGAUAAUCAAGAGAGGUGGGUAAGCUGACGAUGGAGCUCUGUCGCCUUUCUGAGUAGAUUUAACUCAAAAAGGAUUUAGAACUGAACACAGAUUUUUAAUCUUGAAGCCAGAUAUUUUUUUAAGUUAAGAUCACAGUAUUUAAGUCUGAAGUAGUCAAAACAAAUUCAAGGUGAAGGAGUUAUUUUAAAUAGGAGUAUUUAACCCUCAAUUGUAAUACCUUAAACUGCUUGCUGUUGCACUUCUUAGUCAAGCAUUAUAAAAGCAUUAAUGCACAGUAUAUUGUAUGUAGCACAAACAUUGUAUGUUUUUUUUUUUUUUGCCGUGGACAGUACCAACCACAGUGUCACAAACUGCUGUGCAAAGUCUCAAUUAAAAUGGCAAGAUGUCAUGGCAAACGAUUUAUUACAAUGAAAUCGUAAUGAUCAGUUGUUUCAGUCAUGCAGGCAAAGCAAAACUGUGCCAGUCUUUUGCAUCAAGUUCAACUUAGUGAAUUAUGACACACUAAUUUGCAUAGUCAACUAAUCUUACUUACCCACCUCUGUUGGCGUAUAAGCUGCUGCACAGAAGAGGAGUGGUUUGCAGACAGUUAGGAGUUCAUUGUACAAAUACAUGUCUGAAUAAACUGUGUGAGCAUAUUCUCCAGUGAAUAACUGUACUAACAAGCUCGCUAACUAUUAAUGAGCAGGCUUGCUAGAUUUCUUCAAUACCUGUUUUCAGUAAGUGAAAGAAAAUGAUGUACAGUCCUGAGAACAAAUUGCUAGGGGUAGUGAACAGCACAGUUCAGAGAGAAAGUAUAAAAACCUGAGAGAGCUGGUUAGGGUCUUAGCAGCUUGCCACAGUAAUUUGCUAACUAGCCUUGCAAGUAGUAAGUCACCAAGCUUUAGUAUAACCACAUAUUCCUAAGGAAGGUGCGCAAACAAAUUUUACCAAGCCACUUUCUGGUGUGACUAGGCCUUAAUUCACUACACUAUUCUUUAUUCUUUAUUCGUUUAGUCUUCAUGCAGAUUCCCGUUAGCUUCCCUAGUAGUCUUCCUGGGAUACAAUAGCUUGAAUAUUAUGUCAUAUUUGUUUUACACAGGUCAGGUCUGCAGAAUUUAUGACACACCUCUUGAGACAUCGAGCAUGGUAGCGCUUCUUAAUGUUACUUAACAUUUCAUUCUGCUCAUGAAACUGAUCCUCUUUCAUUUAGAUUAGUUCUGGUCACAUGAUUUUUAGCACAAGUGCACAGACUACCGUGGACGUUUCAGCGCUGCAGUGUCGUUCAGUUUGGGUUGAUGAUAGUAAAAGAAAAAAGGAAAAAAAAAACCAAAAAGCACCUUAAACAACUGACUUUCAGUGUAAGACAUAUAUAAGCCCUUAAGCAUUUAUUCUGAAUAAGCUCACACUCAUAUGUCAGUCCCCUUGUAUGGCAUAACAAUGGCACUAAACCCUUUACUCUUACUCUUACUCUUAAUCUUUUCAAUGAGACUGUCUCUGUCACGGCACAAUGUAACCCUCUUCCCCUGCACCAUAACUCUUUGGUUCCCACACUCCAUUGUAUCCCACAGUGCCACUUACACACCAAAAGACUUUCCUGUGAGGGACCCCAGCUGUCACCCUGAGCUGUGUCUAGCAUUUACAGUUCAUAUGUGGCUAUUAGAGACAGACAGACAGACAAGCACAAGUGGCGCUUCCUGGGCAUGUGGUUCACCCCAGUGUAGAGGGGGUGGGGCUAGAAGAAGUCAUCCCAAUAGCCAGUGCGUCUUAGAAUCCUCUCUGUGAAACCUGCUAACUUUCUUCACACACAAACACACUUUCACAUGAGCACAGAUUUACAUCUACAGGAAAGCACACACACACACACUUGUUGGUGUGCAUGCACACAUAUUCACACUCAGAAAUCCCCAUAUAUACACACAUACAGUAUGAUACAAACACAAAUCAGCACCCUAAUAUAAAAACGGUAUGCUAUUCAUAGAAGCAUUUCUUUGUUCUAGAAUGAAACCAACUCUUUAUUGUAUUUUGGUGGUCUAUGCUGAUAUUGUUAAAACAAUGAUGAGCUGUGUUGGUGUGUUGUUCCUAUCAUACCCAUUGUCACACAUUUUCAUCAUAGACUCGCUUUAUCCUGCCUAUUUUUCGUCCUUUUCCUCUACCUAACUGUCUGACAGCAGUACAGUGAUCUUAGUUAGGAACGCCUCUUGUUACCUACAUGUACGCGUGACAUACAAACAGAGAGGGAUGGACACGGACAGAGAACAACUACUGAAGUUAAUAGGUAGUUAAGCGAGGAACUGGUUCACUUGCAGGAAGACCUGUCAGUUGAAGGGAAUAGUGUUACAUUCGUGGCAAGACUGAAAUUGGCCAUUUCUUUGCAAUGUUGUAGUGAUGUACGGAUUUAUUUAUUAGAGACUGUUCAGCAGGUUAAACUCUAGGCUACUAUCAAGCCACUUGAAGUGAUAACUAGGUGAGCAUUUCUAGUAGUAAAUAUGUUACUACACUGGACAGCAGUUUACCAGCUCCAAAAUGCCAUGAAUGCAGCAGUAUUUAGUAAAGCAGAAGCAAGAACAGCCUGCAUAUACUGUGGUUUGGACCAUCUAGUGAACAAAUCUGUACUUGUAAAAUACAGACUCAAUUUCAAGCAAUGAAAACAUUGAAAUGGUUGUAGUAAACUCACAAUUGUUGAUGAGAAAUAGGCAUAAAGUUGUAAAGGACAUUAUUUUUGCUCAGUUUUGACAAUUGUUAGAUGUCUUAAAUGAUCUAGUGUGGAGGGAAAAAAAGCAACAUUUUUUUCAACUUUUUGUAUUAUUUUAAGAAAUCACCUAAAUUCAGGUUUGACAUUUUAGAUUUCAUUAAAACAACACUGUGAUGUGACUUUGAUUUAUAGACCAAAAGCAUUGUUAUGUGUCACAACAGUAAGAUGAGUAGAAACAGCCAUCUUGAUGGAGAAGGCCUUGUAUACUCACUGUUAUACUAUGCAUUGUGCAUUAAAGGCUGGGUCGGUCUCCGCUGAAACUAUGAAGGAUUAGUGACGUGUUUGUGGUGUGUUGCCGUAGUUGUCAGAUGUGUGAAGUGUUACUACUGCAUCCAUCCUGUAGAGAGCGCUGCUUAGCCUCUGGAACACUGAUAGUCUGGCUCCAUGACUUAACAAAGGCUGAGUGAGAAACCUUACAUCACCAGAAGCUUCGGUAAAAUUACAUACUGUUUUCAUUUAAAUAAGCCUUGACGGCCAAACUAUAUUGUUGUGUCUAGAAUACUUAAUACUAUCUAAAUCAUAUUAGUUAUGUACAGUUCCCCUUAAAGCUCAAAGGCAUUGUGCACUUUGAACACAGUAUUGUUCAUUUAUUGAUGCACUGAAGUGAAAAAAAAGUUGCUUUACUGUAUAUUGGUAAAACUUUGUCAACUGUGUACUGUACAUGUGUGCUUUUGGGAGCAAAACAGUCUUGGUAGUUAGGUACUUAAGAUAAUCAAUGAGCAAGUGAUCAAAUAGUCGACAAUAACUAAAACUAAAAGUAACAUACAAGCAUAUUUAAUAUUGUACUGUUCCUUCCAAAUCAUUCCCAUGAGUUGCCUAAAUGCAAACAUGAUACAUGACUGAUGUGUGGGUCAGAUAUGAAAAUGAUAAUGUGAAUCUUUCUUCGGGAAUAGAAGAACAAAGGGAUGAAAGCACUUUGAUAGGUGUUGACCAUGGUUUGUGUGUUGGAGCAAGUUGUAGUCUUAAUGUGUGUUGGAAGCUCAGUGUAAGCGUAUGUUGGCUUAUGGUGGGAUGACCUGAUGUUGCGUAAAGUGGACAACACACUGGUGCCCUUUAUCUUGGUUAGCUUAGAGGAUUUUAUUGGAACUUUGGUCAUCGCUGUUGUACUUUUGGCUAUGAUGGUUUAACUUUCAACUCUCCGGUUUGCUCUCAUGUUGUUCCUGUCAACAUUCACUGAUUAGUACUGUCUGUCCAAGCUACAAAGUCACAUUUUCUAAAUGGGCAAAGUUUUUAGUCAGUUAAAGGACCAUGCUGUUCUCUGAGGAGACUUAUUUGAUAUGUUUUGGGAGGACUGGCAUCAAAAUUACGUUGUACAGAAUGUUUUGUCAUGAAUGAAUUUCACCCUUUAGCAUACAAUAUGUUAAGAGAUUGUAAGGGAUUUUCAUUGUCCUAAAACAGUGACAGCAAGUAACUUGUAGCCAAUGCUGCACUGGUAAUUAUUCUUAAUUAGAAGCAUCCAAGCCUGUGAGGUUUAUUCUGUGACCUGUAAGACAGACUUUAGGCAGACAUAAGAUCUGGGCCCUUAUGUGGAGUUUGCAUGUUCUCCCUGUGCCUGUGUGGGUUCUCUCCAGGUACUCCGACUUCCUCCCACAAUCCCAAAAACAUGCACAUUAAUUGCCUACUCUACAGUGUCUCUAAGCGUGAGUGUGUUCAUGUGUGGUUAUCUGUUUUUGUGCAUCAGCCCUGUGAUUGACUGGCUUCCAGUCCAGGGUAAACCCCACCUCUCGCCCAUAGUCAGCUGGGAUAGGCUCCAACCCCCCCCACCCCCCUGAAGCAGUUGCACAUGGAGCUAUCCAAUAGAGAUGAUGGUUCCGAUCUUCCCUUGAGAUAUCAGGUUAGAGGACCAAUGGGUCACCUUAAGAUUUAACACAGAGUUUUUUCACUGAAUAGUAACCAAAAUGGUUAUUUGUAGAAUAUAUUGAUGUUGCAUCUUUGCAGCUUGGACAAAAGGUAAUAACCAGAUGUACUCUGACAUCCUUUCAGAACUGUGUGAUUCCCUAGUUAUUGUGCUUGAAUACCACCCUUCCACUUUUUUCUCACACUGUCCCUUGUAUAUAGUUUACACCAUGUUUUUAUCACUCCUGAAGUAACUCAAAUAAGUAAAUAAAAAAAAAAUCUUAACAGGAUGUUGUGGAUGUUGACAGAUGAGCUUUCAAAUUCAUAAACCUGUUACUGUUAAGGUUAACAUUAUUAUGAGACUGAAAGCAUAAGAAAGGAAAAGUGUACUUUUUCCUGUUUCAGAGUCUGCCUUUUUUCCUCCAAGAAAAGGGCUGCUGAAGUUUCAAGAAUGUUUUUAAAAUGUAUUAAAGAUGCUAGAUUACGAAUACAUGUAUGAGGUUUGUCUCUGUUCUGUUUUGGAAAAUAGAUCACAUAUGGAAACACUAUUUACCAGAUUCAAAUUGACAGGAAGGAAGGGAGACCGUGUGUGUCGCAUUUGGUAUGGUCUGGUAUGUGGACUUAACACUAAAUAUUACAGAAAGAAAACCUGGAAUCACAGAAAACAAUAUAACACACUUCAGAAUUGCUUGUCAAACUGUAAUAAAGCAGAAAGAAACAAUCUGAUUGGUUUCCACUUUAGUUUGAAAGGCACUCCUGUACAUAUAACACCUGACACACACUGGUCAACCCUUUCUCCCGCCUUCCACCCCCUCUGUUAGACUAACCAGACUUAGUCUUUUGGCAUGUGGUAGAAAGUGAUAUUCUGUAUUAGACAGCUCCUUUAUAGACACAUUGACAUACCUACCAACACAGGGCUGAAUUAAGGGAAGACUAAGGGAAGAAGAUUAUCUUUUCGAAGUCAACAAGCAAGUCUGAGAAUAAUGGGGAAAAAACAUAAGAUAAAUCGAUGAAUGCUGAGCUCAAACAGUACGUUUGAACUUGAAUUGUCCUUUUAAGAGAGAGACAGCUGUUUCUCUGAGCUGUAACUGGAAAAAGGGUAAAUCCAGAGUAAAGGAGAGUGUUGGUAGUUAUGCACCUGGAGCCCUUAGCUGUGUCCCCCACCUACAGAGGUUUAUCAGCAUCACAGUACUGAAAAGUAAUUUUCUCUCCUUGUGUCUUUUACAAGAUGCUAGUCCAGGAAAACCAAUAAUCCAAAUGUUUAUUUGUGAAGGACAGCAUAAAAUUGGGGAUCUGUGCUGCUUUGUAAGAAAAAAUAUUGAUUUCAUUGCUUUGGUAUGCUUUAUUUAGAGUGUUCCAGAUUUUUUAGUCACAUGUGCAAUUCUGCCAUUACAAACUGAAAGGAAAUUAGGCAAAAGAAUUUACUUUUCAGCACUGUGGAGUGGAUCCACUGUAGUGUGUGCUGUAUUAUUCUGUAGGGCACAACACUAUAGGAAGAGCAUGCAGAAGACUACAAACAAACUGCUGGUUGUUAGAGGCAUCUGUCCUAUUAGAUAGAGCUCAUCUCCCCCUUCAGUUCUGAAUAUUUGGUAUGAAAGAGAUGUUCAUUGUGAUUAAUUGUUAACCAGUGAUGUGAAUAUUAAUCAUGAAAUAAAAAGAUGAGCAAA